AUGGUUUUUAAAAGCUUUGACGUUCUAAAACAAGAAAAAUUAUCAGAAGAAACAAAAUUUGAUGCAGAUAAUUUGAUAAGAUCACUUAAAAGUUUUUCUUUCAUUUGUAUGCUUACCGUUUGGGAAAAAAUUCUCAGUGCAAUUGACAGAAUUAAUAUAAUUUUACAAAAACCAAAAUUAACAAUUGAUGUAGCUGUCAAACAUCUGCAAAGUCUCCUUAAAAUAUUAGAAAACUUUCGAGAGCAAGGUAUAAAUGAGGCUUUAUUGAAUUCAAAGAAUAAAGCUGAAGUAUUAGGCAUAGAAACGGAAUUUCUAAAAGUCAGAUUACGAAAAAAGAAACUUUUACCCGGAGAAAUAGCAGAAGAUGAGUUUUGUAACAUAAGUGAAGAAAAUAAAUUUUUAAUAAUGAUUAAAAAUGUUAUUGACAAUAUCUUAAUAGGACUACGUCAAAGAUUUAAAUCAAUGGAAAAUAUUGCUCAAGAUUUUUCAUUUUUAGAUCCAACAAUAAUUUAUUCUUGGCCUAUGGAAAACUUGAAAAGAGCAGGAGUCGAUUUAUGCAAUAAAUAUGAAAACGACCUCAACAAAAUUGAAUUCAUUUCAGAACUAGAGAGCUUUAAAGACCAUGUUUACAACAUAGAUGACGAUUUAAAAAGAGCAACAUUUUUUGAAAUGUUGAAUUUUAUUUAUAAAAAUAAACUUCAAAGUGCAUAUCCAAAUAUAUCUUACAAUGCCAGUUACUUCAGCUUCGUGUGA